ACGUCAUGUGUGUUUAAGUAUAGCUGCCAUUUCGAAACCAGUUUCGCUUCGAUACGCUUCCAAAUUUCUCUGAUCAAAUUUUGUAUAAAAAAAAAUAAGUAAAAAAUUUAUUUUUCAGCUCCAACUUUGGUUAGUUUUUUAUAGAAUCAAACCAUGUGCUCGCCGUGCGGUCCCUGUAGUCCCUGUGAUCCUUGCUGCGGUCCCUUCGAGUGUUCGCCCAAGUGCUACAAUGCGGCCCAGUUGGAGGCACUGCCGCAAUGUGCUCCACGCAUUCCACCUCCAUUUCCCAAAUGCAUCACCGUGCAGCAGCCACCGCGAAUGAUCUGUAAGAAGCGAGUGGUUUUCACGGAGAAGAUAGUGCCGGAGCCAAUGGUGGUGAACAGAUGUCGGCAGAUCACCAUACCCAAAGUUGUGGAUGCCACGAGGGUCAUCAAGGUUCCCAAGUUGAUUUGGGUGUCUCAGAUGGUGCGAGAGCCCAGGGUCAUUUACUAUCCAUCGAUGAUCCCCGAUCCCUAUGUGGUGUGCUAUCCCAAACGGGUGUGUGAGCCCCGGGAGGUGUGCCAGUCGAUCCUGUGCCAGCCGAAGCCCCAGACCAUCGAUAUCCCGCCCCCAAGGGAGUACUGUUGCUACCCCAAUGGACCCAUCAACUACAAGCCCAGUGCCGCCUGUCCACCCUGCCCCAUUGGACCUUGUGCUCCUGGAGGACCCUGCUGUCCACUGCCCUGCUUCUCCACCAAUCAGUACCCCGUGGCCGAGGGCAGAUGUGGACCCUGCGGACCCUGUGGACCUGGAUGUGGACCUUGUGGACCUGGUUGCGGACCCUGCGGACCUGGAUGUGGACCUUGUGGGCCCGGAUACGGACCUUGCGGACCCUGUGGACCUUACGCAUGCGGUCCAUGUGGACCAGGAAACUGUGGCUUUGGUCCUUGUGGACCUUGCUAAAGGGGGCAGCAAAAAACAUAUUGUGAAGCCCCUACGUUUUGGAAGUCUGCACCCAAAUUUAUGCUAGUCUCGUAAAAUAAAGAAGUGCGUUUGAAACAAUAUUA